AUGGAGGAGUCAACAUGGGUGGUUUUAAGUGUGGCACUAGAAAGUAGGGAAUUGACCCAAGCUCAUCGCUAUGUGCUAUUCAAUUCCGAGAACAUUUACCAGUUUCGUGAGAUGCACAAAAGUUUGACGAAGGAUGAACUUCAAAAGGGCCACUGUCGUAUAUCCAAUGCUACUAUUCAUAAGCACCACAUGGAGAACUUUUGUGGCUGGUUUAGAUCUCACGUGAUGUCAAUGACUGCUGCUGAUAGGGAAAGAACUGGACUUAGUGAUACACUUGUCACGCUUUCGAAAGGGCCAUAUACUUCAGUAAAUCGGCUGAAACAUUAUGUCAUAAAUGGGUUAAAAUUUAGGAGUUCGAAUGUCGAGGGAAAUAGAAAAACGCAAAAUAGUGGAGUUAGUGUUGCCACUGAAGGUGGCAAUAUGUACUAUGGUGUGUUGACAGAUAUCAUUGAGUUGAAUUAUUCUGGCAAUAUCAAACAUGUGUUAUUCAAGUGUAAAUGGGUUGAUGAUCAAAAUAGGAGGGGAUAUAAGACUGAUGAGUUUGGGUUUCCUAUGGUGAAUUUUAAUCAUUCCGUACAUGGUGGGGAGGAAAUGGUGCAUGAACCAUAUGUGUUGGCGUCUCAAGCUACACAAGUUUUUUAUGUUGAAGAUAAAAGGCAGAAAGAUUGGUAUGUUGUCGUUAAAACGAAAGCCAGAGAUGUAUUUGAUGCAGGUAUUGGGCCCCAUUGUAAUGAGGAUGACACGAAUGAGUUUCUUGAGAAUAUCCCGUACUCUGUCACUAGUCCUGAUGUUGGUAGGGAUGACCUUCGUUGGGGUCGAGAUGAUGUGGAGGGAAUGACAAUUGAUGCCUCUAUCAUUGGCCCAAGAGAUUUUCCUGAAAUGGACGACUUGGAUGAGUGUGAGUUCAUUGAUGAUGACUCCAACGAUGAAGAUGACAACGAAGUUGAUUACAGUGAUGAUGAGUAG